AUGGUAAUUGGAGCAUACGCCGAACCUGUCGCCAAGGGCAUCGCGUUGACCCAAGAAAACCCGUCAUUUGCAUUGCAUGGAAUUCGCUUGGCUGAGUUGAUUGGCGUCCAAGUCGAGAGCAACUGCCCAAACUGCAGCCUGGUCGUCGACGUAACUUUGCGAGAAGUGAAGGACGAUGCUUUCUACAUUAACCAGAUGCCGGUGGACAUGUCAAAAUGUGUGCCAACACUAAACGAUACCCAAAGCAUGCUGUCGACGUGCCAAUGGACCUACCAAACCCGGGUACUACUUCAGCCCGGGAAUGUCACCGAAUUGGGCAUUAGUGUCCGAGUCAAAGAAUGGACCGAUGACAGCGCCCCUACGUUUGUCAUGCCUGUGGCACCGAGAGGCGCUAAUUUUCAGGGAGCCACGUUCACCGUCGGUGAUGUCCUUGGCACAACCGGAACCGUCAUCACCGUAUUGUCCCGGAAUACCACAUUCCCAACUGCGUUGUUGUACGGAUUUAACGUGAGCCCGAAGUUCUGCGCCCCAACGAUUGUUGCCGGUGCAGCACCGUCCAAGAAUGGAAAUGACAAAAAUCUGCUCCUCCGGUUACAGCCAAACGACCUCGUCGGCUUCAACCGCUUCCAAUCGUCGGCUUUUUCCAUCGUACUCCCACCAAAAUGUCAGGCCUCAAUGCAGCUCUAUGAUUGGCCGCCAGAAAUGGAGACUAACGGUAUCUUUGACGAAGGCAAGUACGUGAUUACCUCUCGGGACUAUCCCUGGGUAUUUGACGACUCGACCACGCAAAAUGACGCUUUUGUUGAGAGCUACUUGAACACCAACCUCCCCGCGGUCCAAUUCCCGAUCGAUUUCGAGAUCCAAGACAAGCUUGGGGGGACGUUGUACAUUGGCAUUCAACAAUUCGACCAGGCCGGCAAUCCAAUUGGAUUUGCGAAUUAUACAUCUCUGGUCGAUACGCCAUUCGAAAAGCGUGAUGGAUUUUUUGGGCAAUCCAUGAGGGUCAGAUGGGAGCCAGUCCAGGCUGCCCAACGCAAGGGCUUCAUCCUCCGUGUGACGGCCCGUGCUCCAAUUCCAUCACCCACGGCUCCAACGACCGUUUUACCAACUGGUUCAUCCGAGAAUCCCACGUCAACAGCCACGAUCGCGUCCACAACCACGAAAUCCUCGACCCAUUUCACUAUUUAUUUGCCAUUCGCCUUUGUGGCGUUGUUGUUGUCGAAAUUGUGGUGU